AAACGAUACCGCGUUUCUCGACGUGCUCUUGUUUUUGGUCCUCGUUUGAAGUUUCCGUCGAGCUGCUUUUAGUUACUCCUCCGGUGUCUGAACAUGGAGUCUCGGUUUGCUCACCUGCGCCAGCGGGACACCAGCGUGUCCAUGCUGAGAACCAAAAUGUCCCGCAGACGGUCUCAGUCCCAGAAGGAAAACCGUGAGCGGACUGUGAACACCCGCCGGCAGCUCCGAGAGCUGGACCAGAUCCCGGAGACAAAACCUGCUCCAAGUAAAGGAGAAGACAGGAUGAAGCAGCUGGAAUGCUGGAAAGAGAGAAAAGCCCUUGAGAAAGAGAAGGCGAAGAGGGAAAAGGAGGGUAAAGGUGUGUUUAAGACGGGCCUGUACCAUCCGAAGGACACCCUGGAGGCCGCCCCGCUGCCCGACGUCCCAGGGGCUUCGGCCAGAGCCAAGGGGAAGAAGGUGGAUUUGAGCCAGAGCACCCGAGUCACUCGCUCCACGAGGCAGCAGCCUCUGAAGAUGGAGGAUCCAAACAUCACAAGGGGAGCACAACAAAUAGAAAAGGUCUCCAGAACCCGGAUAGCGCCCGUUAAACCUGCAGCAGCCAAGACCAACUCGAGUGGAGCUGCUCCAGCCUUGUCGACCCGCUCGGCCAAGCGGCCUCCAGCCAGAGCAGCUCCUCCUGAGAAGACCAAGCCGGCGAUCCCGGCUGCAGGUGGAAGAGUCACCAGAAGCAGAGCCACCGGCGGUCCUGUGGCUCCUUCUGCUGGCAGAGGAAAGAGCAAAGAAACGGUCCAGCCUGCUGUCGUCAAGGAUGCAGCGCAGGUGGAGGCUGUGCUCUCCGAGGUGGAGGAGGUUCCUCCUCCUCCUGCUGCCGACCAGACCGCCGGUCCUCAGGAGGAAGACAUGGCGGUGGACCCGGCCCCUCCUGCUGACCCCGCGCAGCCCUCUCUCUCUUCGUUCGCCCCAGCGGGCUUCGUCUUCCAGGCUCCGGUCGGACUGGCGGCGUUUAAGUUUGAGCCUAUGACCCCUCGAUCAGCGGACGCCUUCCUGACACCGAGCCCCAGCUUCGUCCUGCCUCCAGCUCCCGUCUUCACCGACGUCCCUCAGGCUGAACCGUCUCCUCCGGCUCCCUGCAGCUCUCAGGAGUCGGAGCACGACGUGCCGUACUUCAGGUCAGAAAUCGCCAGAGAAACGGAGAGACUGACGGCUUUAAGUCUCCUCUGGGAGUCGAAGGUGGAGGACGAGUCCAUCCCGGAGGACAUGAGGGACGGCAUGCGCACGGCGGUGGGCCAGGCCCGGCUGCUGAUGAAGGAGCGCUUCGGCCAGUUCGCCGGCCUGGUGGACGACUGCGAGCUGGGCCGGGGGGACAGGGUGACCACCUGCAGCGACCUGCAGGGCUUCUGGGACAUGGUCCACUACCAGGUGGAGGACGUCGGCAGGAAGUUCGACGCUCUGAAGGAGGCGGAGGGCCGAGGCUGGGCGGAGGAGCAUCGACCUCCACCGCGGCAGAGGAAGGCAGUGAAGAAACCAUCAGCAGCACCCGCCAAACCCGCUGCAGGCCGAGCGGCGGCAGCGAAGUCCCGCCUAGCGGCCGUGAAGGCUGCCAUGAAAGCCCGGCAGCAGGCGGCCGAGGCGGAACCUGCUGGAAAGACCGAAGACGAGCCUGAGCCGAGUCCCGAGGAGGCUCGGCCCGGUCCAGAGGUCCCGGCGCAGGACGGAGGAUUCUUCAAACUGGAGAGUCCCGCCAAACCGCCAGGUCCUCUCAGGAGGUCCAGCCGUCUGAGCGCCGCCGUUCUGCCUCAGCAGUCCCCCUGCUCCACUCCGUCGCCGAGAAGAGUCACCCGCCGCUCUCUGGCUCUGGCCCGGACCCCGGCCCGGACCCCGGCCCGCGUCGAUGCUCAGACCCCUGCACAGCUCCCCCUGGUCCUCCAGCAGACCCCGGGCCCGGAGUCCCAGGUGGACGCCCCUCAGGGCGAGGCUGGACCCGGGUCUCUCUGCUUCUCGCCGGUCAGCGAGGCGCUGUCAGACGACGCCCAGCCGGAGGGAGGCUCUGCAGGACCGGAGACCGUCGCCGCUCCAGGACUGAGCACGCCCAAACCCGCGCUGCCCACCAUCACGGUGGUGGAAGCUGCUGACGGUCGCCUCCGUCAGUCCCCCCUCCCGGCAGCAGAGAACGCCUGGUCCCGCCCCCCCCAGUGGAACUCCCACCCAGCCUCCACCCGACUCCCCGGCUGUGAGCGCCCAGCGUUCCCCGGCCCCCACUCCAGACGUGAGACGCUUCUCUGCUGCCAGGAUCUUUGCAUCGAGCUUCCCGGGCUGGACUUCGAGCGUUACCUCCAGCCGUCUCUCAGAGGCAGCCUGUCGCCACGAGCGAUGGACAGCCCAGAGAUGUGGUCGCCCACGGCAACGGACAUCUCGAUGGAGAGUCCCCGAGGUCAACGAGAGGAGCCGACCCCUCAGGAGACUCCAGAGCCGUCUUCACUGUCCAGUCUCCAGCCACCACAGGUUCAGACGGCGGAGGCUGCGAUGCUUCUUUUCACCCCAGACAUGAGCGACAGGAUCCGUCAGUCCGUCUGUCCCAGCGACCUGAUGGUUUUCACGCCUCCCAUCUAG